UGUAAAUCUGCUCCGGAAUAUGUCUUGAGCGUUAUGGACACCAUUCUCUUGUCUAUAAGUGUGUAUAUCAACAGUUCUAUGUUCCUUAAGCAAAAGCAGACCUCGCUUAAGGCAGCCAGUAAUUCCACAGAGGAAACAGUGGUUCAUCCUAUCCCGACAUUGUUCCAGUUCCCGACAUUGUUCCAGUUGCUUGGCCCAACUCCUUUCCAGAAGGCAGAAUUUACGCCUGGUGACUUGUACACGAGAAAGAGCCCUUUAGACCAAAAGGACAGUUCUGGGCUUUGUGCCUCAAUUGUACAUGCAAAUAAGCAUAAAAAUCCUACUAGAAAUGAAGAUGAAGUUGAAAACAAGGAAUGUAUUUCGGAUGCUGAGGUUGAUACUCUCUUUAGUCUUUACUAUAUAUGA